AUGGGAUAUCCAUUCGAGAUAACUCUUUUCAACGCUUAUAGAGAAGAAAUCCGGAGAGAAUUCACAUUCCAUGAUAAAAUUGUGGCUGAGUUGGAGAGCAGGAACUUCCAUGGCAAUCUAAUUGAGCCACUUCUCGUCUUUGACCGACGGAGAUGGCUGUUCCCCACCCAGCGUGAGCGGUCGUGCGAGAAGGAACUUUCGUUGUCUGUUUCUGAGUCACGAACCUUCACUUCUAUGGUGCUCAAGGAAACUAUCGUGAUGUAUGCUGUGGACGACAUCUCAGCGUCGUAUUCCACGUACCUACAACGGGCUAUCAAUUUCUUUACGGAUCGUCACUCCAAUGUCGUAUUUGUGGUGACCUCCGACAACGUCUCCCACACACAGCGUCUGUUUGACGGUCUCGCUGUACGGAACGCUUAUGUUUCUCAAGGUACUGAAGCUGGUGACCUGUGUCUGCUCACACGCUGCAACCAUAGCAUCAUCACUUUUGGAUCCUACAGUUUCUGGUCAGGUUACCUGAGUCCAGGCAUCAGCGUUUACCCACACCUCACAUACACUUCAUUUGACUACUUAUUCUCGAAGUCUUUCUACGAGGCUGCUCACUUAUAUGACUUCUUGCCAAUCAUAUUUCGGUGAAUAUAAUGGAUAGUUAGCCAGAUUCAACUACAUAUA